UAUUUAUAUCCAAAUGAACCAUUUAAUCAAAAAGAUGAGAGUGAUGCUAUUGCUAUUCUAGUUGUUGGUCAAACAGGAAGUGGAAAAACUACAUUAUUGAAUAGUUUUGUAAAUGCAUUAUAUGGAAUAAAAAUAACAGACGACUUUAGAUAUAUAAUUAUAAAUGAAGAUAAUUUAAAACAGAAUAAGGAUCAAUCUAUAAGUCAAACAAGUCAAGUAACAAUUUAUAAUAUUAAAAGAACAAAAAGAACACCACCAAUCAAAAUAAUAGAUACACCAGGAUUUGGAGAUACAAGAGGAAUUACAUGGGAUAUAGAAAUUACUAAACAAAUAAAAGAGGCAUUUGAAACAAAAGUAUUAGAUUUAAAUGCUAUUUGUUUUGUUGCACCAUCAAGUAACGUAAGACUAACAGCGAGUCAAAAAUAUAUAUUCGGGAAUAUUAUUGAUUUAUUUGGGAAAGAUGUGAAAAAGAAUUUUAUUGCGAUGCUUACAUUUUGUGAUGGUAAAAAACCACAAGUUAUAAAUGCAUUACAAUCAAAAGAAUGCAUUUUCAGUACAAUUAUUCCAGAAAUAGAUAACCCGUGGUAUUUAAAAUUUAAUAAUUCAGCUAUUUAUGAUGAUAAUACAGAAGAUGAAUUUACACAAAUGUUUUGGAAAUUAGGUAUGAAGAACUUUGAUGACUUUAUAACAAAAUUACUAAACCUACCAAGAAUAUCAUUAGAGAAAUCUAGAGAAGUGUUGAAGAGAAGAGAACGUAUUAAAGUUCAGCUUGAAGGAUUAAGAACAUCAUUAAACAAUGGUUUAUCAAAAUUGGAUGAAAUAAAACAGAUAUAUGAACAAUUCUAUUUAAAUCGGGAUAAAGUUAAAAAUAAUGAAAAUUUUACUUUUACUGUAAACAUAACGGUACAAAAAAAGAUUGACUUAGAACGAGGAGAAUAUGUAACUAAUUGUUUAAAAUGUAAUAAAACGUGUCAUUAUCCAUGUGGGAUUGCAGGAGAUGUGAAAGAUGGAUGUGCUUGCAUUGAUAAUGAUUAUUGUAAUGUAUGUGGUUGUCAUUAUACACGACAUGCAAACUCGAAAUAUAGAUUUGAUUAUGUAAUUGAGAAAGAACAACAAACAGCACAAGAAGUACUUGAGAGAUAUAAUGAAGGUAAAAAAGGAAUGGCUAGUGCAGAAAGUAUGUUAAAAAAGUUAGAAGAAGAUUAUUACAAAAUUCAGAUGGAAUGUUAUGAUAAAGAAGUAGAAAUUGUAGAAUGUAUUAACACAUUAUCUGCAAUAGCAUUAAAUGAUAAAAUUACAGGGUCAAAUGAAUAUUUAGACAUAAUGAUUCAAUCAGAAAAUGAUGAAAAGAAAACGGGGUAUAAAGUACGAAUUGAAGGAUAUAAACAACUUAAACAAGCAAAUGAUAUAAUAGAAGGUAUUAUGAAAAAAUCAACAACAAAAAAGAGUAAGGAUGAGAUUAAGGCUGAGCUUAAAAGAAGAAAGACAGAUUUAGUUAAUGGACAAAAAAUAACAUUAGAUAAAAAUUGUGAAGGUUGUGUUAUUUGCUAA